AUGGACCACAGCCGGCUGACAUUUGGUCCUCCAGUGGCCUACGAGCAGGAAGACUACUACCACUCAGUGCAGUGGUUGGAGGAGUCGGUGCGUCUCUUCAGGGGACCAGGAGGCGAGUGGAGCCCUGAGAAUGCAGGGACUUUAGAGGAUGCUCUGGAUCACCUGGCCUUCUCUCAUUUUAAAACAGGAAACAUCUCCUACGCUCUCAGUUUAUCUCAGGAGUUACUGCAUCGUGAUCCAAUGAAUGGAAGGGUUUCGCAGAAUGUUGAGAAAUACGAAAAGCUUCUGCUUUCACGUCCGCCCAUACCAAUCGGGAUAGAUGGGCUGAGGAGACCCGACUCCGAUCAUUUAAGGACCAGGGACACAUACGAGAGGCUCUGCCAGACCAAAGGCUCUCAGCAGCCAAUGCAGUUUGAAAACCCCAGACUAUUCUGCGACUACUUCACCAACGGGAAUCCUCAGCUGCUACUUCUGCCUGUAAGACGUGAAGUGCUGAGCCUGCAGCCGUAUGUGGUCCUGUACCACAACUUCAUCACAGACACAGAGGCUGAGGACAUCAAGAGGACCUCUCAUCCAGGAUUGAAACGAUCUGUGGUGGCAGCUGGAGAGAAUCAAGCAACAGCAGAGUAUCGCAUCAGCAAGAGUGCGUGGCUAAAGGACUCCGCACACUCCACUGUUGGGAAGCUGGACCACAAGAUUUCCAUGCUCACAGGUUUGAAUGUGAAGCAUCCAUUUGGCGAGCACCUCCAGGUGGUUAAUUAUGGGAUUGGUGGCCAUUAUGAGCCUCACUUUGACCAUGCUACAUCGCCUUCGAGUCCCGUGUUCAAGCUGAAAACUGGGAAUCGAGUGGCAACCUUUAUGAUAUAUCUCAGCUCGGUCGAGGCAGGUGGGUCCACAGCCUUCAUCUACGCCAACUUCAGCGUUCCUGUCGUGGAGAAAGCAGCCAUUUUCUGGUGGAAUCUCCAUAGAAACGGUCAAGGAGAUGCAGACACACUGCAUGCUGGCUGCCCUGUGCUCAUUGGGGACAAAUGGGUGGCAAACAAAUGGAUCCAUGAGCAUGGCCAAGAGUUCCAACAUCGCUGCAGCCUGGAUCCUGAAGAGUGAGAGGGCUGGAGUGAUAGCUGGGCCCCUUGGAGUACAAGAGUAAGCCUCUACAGUUGAGAGGCACAAUUGCAGGCGGAGGGGAGGAGGUAGCCAGAAAGUGAGCACACACAGUCAGGGGAAGUGAAAGCCGUCGUGGGACAGCCUGCAUCUGUUAUUGGAGCCCUGGGCCCCAGGGAUCCUGGAGCGCACAGUGCUGCAGUGGACACGGAUAGCACAAGACUGAGGGGCGGGGUAGAAGAAAGCCGUGGCAGUUGGCAAUCAGCCCCCAGAGGCCAAACGCUCUCUUGCUCUUACUGGCGAGUUCCGGCAGAUGGAGAGAGGCUUCUGCACACAGUGCUGGUUUCAGUUAACUGUGUUUGCGAGGCUGUUUGCCUCUCCUGCUUGCUUAACAACUGACAUCUGCAGCCCUUCUCCAACAUUGGGCCCACUCCAGGGUCUGUCGUUACAAAUCAACACAGCUGUAGUCUGUGCAAACGGCAGAACUUUAUUUAUUUAUGCAGAAGUUUACAAAGAUACCAAAUGUGCCUGAAUUAUAGUGAAAUUAGUGUAUAAACAGUUUUUUUUGAGAUUUUUUUAUAUUCAAGUCCAUUUAAAAGUGAUAAUGCUUCCAUGAUGUGCUGGAAUAGGCAGAUACACAGCAUGAGACAUUGUUUUACAGAGUGGCAAAACAUUUUAGGACUUUAAAGGUAAUAUGUGUCAGCGACAGAGAUUUUGGUUGAAGUUCUUCCGUAAUGGGUCAUGUCAGAGCUCAGGGCUGCAGCUCAGACUGGUGCUAUGAGUCAAAGGAACCAGUCAUUGUGAGUCUGCCAGCUAAUUCCCAGCUGACUGAACGAUGUGGUCGUUGCUGUCUGUGGGAGACUCUUUCAAAAACUGCCUGUAUAAUGGAACAGAUGAACCGGGUCUGUCAGCCUCUUAUUGAGCUUCAGAGGCUGGGGGUCAUUAAUCAUGCUCUGCAUGCCAAGUGACAUGGAACACGUCUGCUCCAGACUUCUUGUCUGAACUCGCAUAACCAAAGCUGUGUGCAUGCCACUUGGAUAUCUCAGAUAGCUGUGCCUAAGUAGGUCAUAACCCAUCUUAAACUGAGUGAAGUGGAACAUACACUAUUACAAUUUACUGUAUCUGCUUGGGCACUAAGAGGGCUAUGUGUGACCUCUAAGAAUUAAAUGAAGAUGAUCUGUGAGAGUGAAAGGGAGUGACAGAGGAGUAAUACCUCUGCCUGCUCACAGUGAUACACAUUUUCCUUCCAGUUCCCAACAGUGUAUACAAACAGACACACUCUCCAAGUACACACUGACACAAAGCAAAUAUAAGCACACUGGAUGCAUAUUGCUCAUUCCUGUGUGCACACUAAACAGCAGAACUUAAUUAUUGAUGGAUAGCAAGACGCUGCUUUUCUGAAGCUGUAAUUAGUUUCAUUACAAGUAUUCAUGCCAUUUAAACAGUCACAGCUACAUUUAGCCUCAAAACACUAAGUAGAUGAGACCACAAGUGUAUUUCAUUUUAAAAAUGGUCUCAAUAUUGUCAACAAGGGGUUAACAACCACUUCAGCUAUAUUUAUGGAAACGCAUAUUGUGAAUAUAGAGAAGUGUCCUAUGCAAAUGAUAGAUAUACUGUAUUUAUUUCAGUUUGACUUGAAGCAGCAAAGGUUCAUUUAAGAUGUUUUUUUUCUUUCAUACAAUUAAAUCAGAAACAUAAUAAACCAGUAAGUCCAGGAAAGCAGAAAGGUUUAAAGUAAUGUUUCACAGGUCCAACUUACAACCUGAAGCCUGACUUUUCCUAGACUUCAAAGGGCUUUAUUCUGCACUCAUCCUUAACUCCUGCAGCGGCCCUCACUGUUACCAUGAUCACCACAACAAAUGUGGCUCUAGAGGGACUUGUUGCUAUGCAAGAGCAUAGUCCAAACAUCCUAAAGCGUACAUGACUACACCAUAUGCCUACAUCGACACGGUGGCAAGUAAUUCUACAUAUUUAAAGGCAGACUUUAUAACACACUGGGACAUGCAACAAUUUGAGAUGUAGUUGAUAAUAUGUUACAUAGUUAGUUAUUGUGCACAACUGAUGGAAACAUAGAAUUGAAUACAACGCUGACUUGCAGGGAAGCUGCGCAGCAACAGUUAAAUAAAGUGAAGCAGAAAUACUGUAAGCCUCUUUUAAUCUCAGGUUCGAUUAAGACAGAAAAUCACUACAAAGUGCUGUUAGUGAGCAGCUUUGUACAAGGAUGGAAAGAUCAGUGCUGCUCCCCUCUGCUGGUGAUGUAAAAGAAGGCUGCAUGGUGUUAGUGAAAACUUGAAAUGUUUUUCACUCUAUUCAAAUGUUUGUGCUACUUUUAUUGUAAAGUUUCACAAUAAUUUAUAAUGUGUUUUUUUUUUUUGUAAAAUGUUGACUGGAUUAUGUAUUGUGUAUUAUGUAUUAUUAUCUUUUGGUCCCACAGUCUAAAAACAUGCAGUUAAGGUUAAUUGGUGAUUUUUCUCUCAAUGUGGGUCACAAUGUGUGAAACCACAAUAUUGACCUUUUUCGAUAUAUUUUGGAUGCAUUAAUGGCAUUGCAGUCAUGUUGAAUUACUUUUGAUGUAUUGUUUUAUUUGAUUGCCUUUGUAUUCCCCUUGCCAGCAA